GGGCCAUGGCGACCCUUCAUAGCACUGCGACCCUGUCCAUACAGAGGGUUACUAUGGUUUGUAUGAGCUUCGGUUCAUGCACCGUCUCAGUCCCGCCACGGCCACUUCAGAAUAUGGGACCCAGCCUCUCAGGACGAACAAGAUAAUACCCUUCAUCAUGGCCCCCAUCAUCCGACCAGCCACCAAAGCUGACGAGGCUGCCCUUUCCAACAUUUGCUUGCUCACCGCAAACGCGGGCACAUCAGCCAAAGACUUACACACCGAUCCAGCACUCCCAGGGCUCAUCUACUCCCUCCCCUACGUAAACCUCGAAUCAACGUGGGGAUUCGUCCUUGAAGACGACGGAGAAGUCGUGGGAUACACCCUUGGCGCGUUUGACACGCGCAAAUUCGAGGAGAGUGCAGAAACGGGAUGGUGGCCCUUGCUCAAAGCGCGCUACGGGCCACUGCUGCAAGAUCCUGACGCAGUGCUCACACCUGCGGACAAGACCUAUAUCAACACCAUCAUGGCGAUCCCAAGAGCAAGUGAUGCGAUGAUGGCAUUCGCACCUGCACAUCUGCACAUCGAUAUCCUGCCGAGCCAUCAGCGGCAGGGAUGGGGGCGGAAGUUGAUUGGACGGGCGAUAGAGAAUUUGAAAGAAAACGGGGUACAGAGCGUUUGGUUGGGCAUGGAUCCGAAGAAUAUAGACGCUGCGGUGUUUUAUGAGCGAUUGGGAUUCGGGAAGGUGGAGGGCGCGCAGGAGGGCAUUAUGGGUAUCACUGUACAACAGUGGGAGGAGUGUGCUGUUUAAAGUUUAAACUGCGAAUGCAGAACGGAUUCUUGACGAUGCUGAACUGAUACGGAGUGAACAUUCCAAUCGCAGACCAGCUGGAUCAGAUAUUAGAUAUGCGGUGAGCAGAAUGUCAUCAAGUUAAAGUGCUGGCGCUGAACAGAUCCGAACAGUGAUCGUUCUGC